GGAGAGUUGUAUGGCAUUGAAGGUUGUCCGGAGGUUAGCUAACACAGUGUCCAAAGAAGGGCCAGAAUUAUACAGAAUCAAAUAUGAUUUGAUGGAGAUAAAAAGACAGCUGCAUUGGACCUUUUAGAAAUGAUUAAAUCCAAAUGGAAACUGUAGUAAUGAUGAUGGACCUACAUUCAUAUUGUUUCUUGACUGGGUCCAGCUCGCUGAAAAAGCUAAACCGGUCAGAGAGCAUCACAAAUUCCCAAAACAAUGGAUUCAGAAGAUUUUUUCCACGUUUUGUCAGCAAGGAAAUAUAACACAUUUUCAAUGUGGCCCUCCGGACCUCGUUGAAGACCGAAUGCGGUCCCUGGGGCAAUAUGAGUUUGACACCCCUGGUGUAGACAAUAUUGCCAUAGUCUGUAACUGGUAAGAAUUUUGACUGAAUGAUCUGUUUUCUGCUAUUUGAUGAAAGGCAUGACCUAUUUCUAUAAAAUAAGUCAAUUUUUAUUCUUCUAAGCAGGGACACGAUCAAUGUGGGCACCACUGAUACUACUAUAUAAUGAUGUCCUGUUGUCUCCUCCAGCAGACCGUAUGGAAAUGGAUCUGGACAUGCCGGGUCCUGUUCUGACCCACCUGGAGCAGGUGAACAGCGUGUCGGGUCAACUGUACUAUGAGAGGGGUCAGAACGGGGUGUUGGGGAACGGCUCGGCUACAGGGAGGUGGAGGGACCAGGAAGCAGUCGGCUCACGACCAACCAGCGCGGCCUACCUGUACUCCUCGUCACACUCCCACUCUGGCCCGCUCCGUGUCCUGUGGUCCCAGGAUAUGAGGUCAGAGGUGUUUGUUCACAGCUUCCUGUUCUGGAUGGAUGUGGUGGAGCUGGUGCGCGUGGCGGGGAUUCCAGAUGUGUUUUACUCUGGCUGGGUGUUUGCUGUCUACAUCCUGGCAUUUCUAUCCUGUCUCCGUCUGGCAGUGACGCCUCACAGCGCUCUACUGCCAUCAGCUGGCUUUUUCCUGCAGGACCUGCCUUUCCUGCUGCUGCGCCUCGCUCUGAUCUCUGUCCACGGCUACAUCACACCGCUGCUUUACCCAAUGAAGAACCUGUUGGUCUGCCUGACAUUCACCUACUUCAACUUCCUGACCAAGCUCCGCCUCUUCCGCAGAGAGAGCAUGUUCUAGUCUUGCCCACCAGCCAGCUCUCUCUGUCGAGACGUCUGGUUUCACAACGCCUCAGAACUGGACUUGACGGGGAGUCUAUUGCAGGAGCAGUGAAAACAGGAGUGGUGUAAAGUACUUUUUGGGUAUCUGUACUUUUAUUUAGUAUUUAUAUUUUUGACAACUUUUACUCCACUACAUUCCUAAAGACAAUAAUGUACUUUUUAUUCCUUUCAUUUUCCCUGACACCCAAAAGUACACAUCACAUGUUGAUUGCUUAGCUGCACAGGAUAAUUGUCUAAUUCACACACUUAUCAAGAUAACAUCCCUGGUCAUCCCUACUGCCUCUGAUCUCAGUGUUGAACUGUGCAUCUGACUAUCCGUAAAUUUAAAAAACAAGAAAAUCG